AUGGGCGGCGAUCUGGACCGCUGGAUCGAGGACAUCAAGCAGUGCAAGCUGCUGCCCGAGCUAGACCUCAAGCACCUGUGCGAGUAUGUGCAGGAGCUGAUGCUGGAAGAGUCGACGGUGCAGCCGGUGCAGGCGCCGUGGUUAGCCGGCCAUUUGGUAGGCCAGUUCCACGACCUCCUGGAGCUGUUCAACUGCGGAGGCGAUCGCGCCGCGAGGCUGCGCCCCCGAUCUGCCUAUAUCUUCAUGGGCGACUUCGUCGACCGCGGCUACAACUCGGCUCGCUGGCCGCACCGGAUCACGCUGCUGCGGGGCAACCACGAGUCGAGGCAGAUCACGCAGGUGUACGGCUUCUACGACGAGUGCCAGCGCAAGUACGGAAACACGAACCCGUGGAGGUACUGCACGGAGCUCUUUGACUGGUGCCCGCUCGCCGCGAUCGUCGACGGGCGAGUGCCCUUAAAGCGAGUGCUCUGCGUGCACGGAGGCCUCUCGCCAGAGGUGCGGACGAUCGACCAGAUGCGGCUGAUCGACCGCAAGCAGGAGAUUCCGCAUGAGGGCGCCUUCUGCGACCUGAUGUGGUCCGGCCCGGGGCAUGUCUUGAUUUGUCCCCCGGGCGCCUUCUGCGACCUGAUGUGGUCCGAUCCGGACGACAUCGACACGUGGGCAGUGUCGCCGCGCGGUGCGGGGUGGCUCUUCGGCCAAAAGGUGACGCAUGAGUUCAACGCAAUCAAUGGGCUCGAGCUCAUCUGCCGGGCGCACCAGCUGGUGCAGGAGGGCUACAAGUACAUGUUCGAGGAGAGCCUCGUGACCGUCUGGUCGGCGCCAAACUACUGCUACCGCUGCGGCAACGACGCGUGCAUCCUGGCGCUCGACGACCAGCUGGUGCGCAACUUCAAGAUCUUCAAAGAGGUGGAGUCGACCAAGGCAGCGGGCGGCGGAGGGCAGCUCUCCAACGUGCCCUACUUCCUGUGAGGCGCCGCCGCGGCGUGUUGCCCCUGCCUUUGCCCACGCCCGAAGCGUAUCGCCUCCGGCGGCGGCGGCGGCUCGCAGUCGGCCGGGAGGGCGGGGAGAAGGUGUGCCGAGGGCCGUGGUGGAUCGAGCAGUGGAGGAAGGAGGGCUCAGACGGCAUGUGCGUUGCACGAGUGUGCGGCCAUGGGGCGGACCGCAGGGAGGCGCAGCUGACCCAGCAGUGCUUCUGGUCGCGCCGCGCCGCACGUGAGACGUGUGUGCAGUCAGCUGUCAGCGGGGCGCGCCGCGCGUUUCCAGCGUGUUGUACACUCGGUUACGUCUUCCAUGUUA